AACAAAGACUACCUCCUUAGUCUUCUCUCCAAGUUAAAUUAAGUCCAUAUAUAAGUCGUUGAUACUUUUUUCCUUUAUUAUUACUUCACUUUCAUUUCAAACAGAAAGAAAAAAAAAUGGAUAUCAUAUCAAGCAGCAUGAAUCACCAGGUUGAUGAUCAAAGGGUUAUGAUCUCUCAGUACUAUCCUGGUAUUUACACCCAACUGGUACCAGAACGAGGAGAGGUGAAACCGCGGUGGAGACGAAAGAAGAACAAAGGUGAAGUGAGCAGCAACACUAGUGGAGUAGUGAGGAAGAGGAAGCUUAGUGAAGAACAAGUUAAUCUUCUUGAACGGAGUUUUGGAAACGAGCAGAAACUCGAGACGGGGGGGAAGGACAAGCUUGCUUCUGAGCUUGGUCUUGAUCCACAACAAGUCGCGGUUUGGUUCCAGAACAGGAGGGCUAGAUGGAAGAAAAAGAAACUCGAGGAUGAAUAUUUCAAGUUAAAGGCUGAGCAUGAGACUAUGAUCGUUCAGAAAAAUUGUCUUGAAACUGAGGUGUUAAAGAUGAAGGAGCAGUUAUCUGAAGCAGAAAAGAAGAUACAAAGGCUAUUAUUGGAGCGUAAUUGCAAUAAUAGCCCAAUUAGUACUUCAUCAUACUCAAUGGAGCAGCCACAUUUUCUUGGGGAGUUUGGAAUAAUAGAGGAAAUAUUAAUGGAUAAUAAUGUGUUCUUCAUUCCUGAUGAUCAAAACAGUUAUAUUAACUCUCUGGGAUAAUUAGAACGGGAUUAUAUAAGUGAUCUGAGAUUAAGUUCUAAUUAGAUAAGCUCCAGCAUGUAGAACUGCAGUUAGUAACCCAUGCACCUAUGUCCUAUGUACGUACAUCUUUCUUUUGCCUUUGCUUUCUGGCUAUUACUAUAUUGUAUUAAUUUACUAUAAUUAUGUUUUGACUAA